AUGGGAGAACCUGUCCCUGUUCUUCACAAAUAUUAUCAGUCAGGAGACCUCAUCAUUGCCGGCAUUAUUUCUCAGAUCUACAUAUUUUCAGAUACCUUAACCUUUGAAAAACACCCAUCUCAGGAAUUUUCAGAUGACCAUAUGGUGCUGACUCACCUCUACCAGCACAUCCUGGCCUUGGCAUUUGCUGUAAAGGAGAUCAAUGAAACUCCCCAGAUCUUGCCCAACGUCACCCUGGGCUUCCACAUUUAUAACAGCCAUUUCAGUGCAAGCUGGACCUAUGAAGCCUCAAUGGAGCUUCUCUCAAGAAGGGCCAAGGCCAUCCCUAACUAUAAAUGUGAUGCUGAGAGCACUCCAGCAGCAGUCAUUGGGGGACCUAACUCUAAUGUCUGUCUUCACAUGACACCCAUCCUGUCUACCUACAAGAUACCGCAAGUCAUAUAUGGUUCUUCACCAGUCAUGAAUAAACAAUCUCAAGGAGUUUUCUUCCACCAGAUGUUUCCAAAUGGGGACCAUCAAUAUAGAGGAAUCAUCAAGUUACUGCUGCAUUUCCAGUGGACGUGGAUUGGAGUGGUUUCUGAGGCUGAUGAAAAUACAGAAGGUUUUAUAGAGAAUGUACUUCCACUGUUUUCCCAGAGUGGCAUCUGCUUUGACUUCAUAGAAACUUUACCUAAGCUAACAUCUUCCAGUGGUGUCACGGACAUGGUGGGGGAGGGCUUUCACGGUGUCAGUGUUAUUAUGGGAAGCACUACGAAUGUUGUGGUUGUACAUGGAGAAAUUCAGACAAUGGUGGUAAUGAAAAUGAUGCCCCAGGUUGUAAAAUUUGAGCAUAUACCAAUAAGAAACAAGGGUAAAGUCUGGUUCCUGACAGCCCAGAUGGAUACCACAUCAUUUCCAUUCCAAAGAAAUUGGGACAUAAGUUUCCUUCAUGGUUCUCUCUCCCUUGGAAUUCACUCAGUGGAUCUGUUAGCUUUCCAGAAAUUCCUUCAGAUCAAGAACCCAAGCACAGAAAAAGAAAAUGGUUUUAUCAAGGACUUCUGGGAAGAGUCAUUUAACUGUUCAUUCCCCAGUUCUGUGACAGAUAAUAUAGGUAGGCAAAUUUGCACUGGGGAGGAGAAGAUGGAGGCACUUCCUGUGUCUGUUUUUGAAAUGAAAAUGACUGCCCAUAGCUACAACAUCUACAAUGCAGUCUAUGCAGUGGCACAUGCUUUGCACAUCAGACAUUCAUCCCAAGUCAAGAAAAGGGGAAUGGCAAAGGGAGUGAGAUGGCAGCUUGCAAAUCAACAACCGUGGCAGCUCCAUCACAUUCUCAGAAGUAUUUCAUUUAACAACAGUGCAGGAGAAAAUGUGCAUUUUGACCCAAAUGGUGAAUUAAUUGCUGGCUUUGACAUUAUAAACUGGCUCACGUUUCCAAAUCAGUCCUUUCUUAGAGUCAAAAUUGGGAAGAUAGACUCCCUGGGUACCCAGGAGAAAUCAUUCACCAUUCAUGAGGAUGCCAUUGUAUGGCCCAACCAAUUUAACCAGACCCAGCCCAUUUCUAUAUGUAAUGAUCCUUGCCGUUCAGGCUACAGUCGGACAAAGAAGGAAGGGAAGCCAUUUUGUUGCUAUGAUUGCUUCCUAUGUCCAGAAGGAAAGAUUUCCAACCAGGAAGACAUGGAUGACUGUUUUGAAUGCCCAGGAGAUCAGUAUCCAAACAAUGAACAGGAUGGAUGCCUUCCGAAGCAAAUAACUUUCUUGUCCUAUGGAGACUAUUUGGGGGUCAUUUUGGCCACUUUUGCUCUAUUAUUUGCUUUUAUCACAGCUUUUGUGUUUUGCAUCUUUGUGAAGAACAAGGAGACUCCCGUAGUUAAAGCCAACAACAGGAGCCUAUCCUAUGCUCUCCUCAUCUCCCUCAUUCUCUCUUUCCUCUGUGCUCUGCUAUUCAUUGGCAAACCUCAUAAAGUGACAUGCCUCCUUCGACAAACCACUUUUGGCAUGAUCUUCUCAGUGGCAGUUUCUUGCAUAUUAGCCAAAACCACCACUGUGGUUCUAGCUUUCAUGGCCACCAAGCCAGGGUCAAGGAUAAGGAAAUGGGUAGGGAAAAGGUUGUCAAAUUCUAUUGUGUUUUCCUGCUCCCUUAUCCAAGCCACAAUUUGUACUGGGUGGGUGGCAACUUCUCCUCCAUUCCUGCACUUUGACAUCCAUUCAAUGGCUGAAGAAAUUGUAUUGGAAUGUAAUGAAGGAUCAGUCACCAUGUUCUACUGUGUCCUAGGCUUCAUGGGAAUGCUGGCCCUUGUCAGCUUCACUGUGGCUUUCCUAGCUAGGAAAUUGCCAGACAGUUUCAAUGAAGCCAAGUUUAUCACCUUCAGCAUGUUGGUCUUUUGCAGUGUGUGGUUGUCCUUUGUUCCAACCUACAUGAGCACCAAGGGGAAAUACAUGGUGGCUGUGGAGAUUUUCUCUAUCUUGUCCUCCAGUUUUGGGUUACUUGGCUGCAUCUUUUUGCCAAAAUGUUAUGCUAUUUUGCUGAGACCUGACUUGAACAGCAGGGUGCAGCUAAUAAGAAGAAAGUACUAA